AUGGCACCCAAGCCCAAGGGCCCCGGUGGUGAGGACCCCAAGCUCCAGGCUGCACUCAAGAAGCUCCAGGUGGAGCCCGUCUCUGGUAUCGAGGAGGUCAACAUGUUCAAGGAGGACGGCAACGUGCUCCACUUUGCUGCUCCCAAGGUCCACGGUCUCCAGUCGUCCAACACGUUCGCCGUGUACGGCAACGGAGUCGACAAGGAACUCACCGAGCUCGUGCCCGGCAUCCUGAACCAGCUCGGACCGGACUCGCUCGCCUCGCUGCGCAAGCUCGCCGAAUCGUACCAAGCCAUGAACGCCCAACACGCCGCUUCGCAAGCCGCUGCCGGCGGUGCUGCUGCUGCUGGAAAGGACGACGACGACGUCCCCGAUGUCGUGGAGAACUUUGACGAGGCCGAUGCGAAGAACGAGACCGAGGUCGACAAGCUUGAUUAA